UUUUUUUUAAGACAGUAGGCUAUUAUUUGAAGGAGAAUAGGUUCCUAUUUUUAACAAGUCGAUUGACCGCAUAGAUGCUCUUCAGCGCGUCCUUUAUUUUACCGAUCCCGUAAAGAUGUUAAUAAAAAGCGAAUUCGAUGUGGGAGGGAUUUGAACCCAGCAAGUAGAGGGGUCGAUAUAAACGGGUACAAGAUUGAAUUAGGGUCGAUACAAUCGGGUAUAUGCUUAAAGCAGGAGUCGAUACAAAAGGGUACAUGCUGGAAGUAGGGGUCGAUAUAACCGGGUACAUGCUGAAAGUAGGGGGUCGAUAUAACCGGGUACAUGAUAGAAGUAGGAGACGGAUAUAGUCAGAUAUAUGGGUGAAGCAGGAGUCGAUAUAAUCGGGUACAUGGUUGGAAUGAUAUUGCUCCAUGCUGGAGCAAUCGGAAAGAGAGAGAGAGAGAGAGAGGUAACGAAUAAAUAAACAGACUGGAAUUAUGGAGGGAGAGAAAAAGAAAGAUGAAGGAAGUAUAGAGUAAAGCGGAAAGCGGAAGUAAGUGGCGCUGAAACACAGAGAAAGCGAGUAUGCUGCGCAUGCGUAUAGCCAAUCCCAAUGACUGCUGGUUGAAACGCCCGGAUCUUCUGGUGUUUCUGGCAACAGAGAUUCUUUGAUUGUUUGCUUUUAGAACUUAUUUGGAAUAUCUUACUCUCGCCGGUUGAUAAUUUAACGUUAUCUUAGACGUCAUACAUGUCCAUGAGUUAACUUAUCACUUGGCUAAGGUAUUGACGGAAUCAUUUUACAUCUGCAACUUAUGAAAUCACUUUAACUAUGGUUACCCAGUUUGCUCAGACUUUUUUCCCAACUGGCUGGAGUCCACAUUGCCCAUCUUGACUAAUUUCAUUGCGAGGGAAUUCGGUAAUAUUGUUCACGUGUUGGAUCUACUUUUAAUCCUGUGGCCAAGGACGCCAGUGCUAUGCCUGCCCAGUCCUCUGAGAAUAUAACUGCAGUUGAAGAGGCAGUGUUUUCUUCUGUGGCUGGCACGGACAAACUUCACCAUAAGUUGGCAUCACUCUCUCAAAAAGUUCUCUUCAGUAGUAUUGAAUUCCAGCCUGCUCGAAAGGCACUCAACCUUCAGCAAGAUUCACUCAAAUCCAAAUAUAUAGUCUUGAAUACUAUUAGACCCGAUAAAACCCUGGCGAUUUCAGCUUCUGCAUCUUCUAACAAAAAUUCACAAACAGAGAAUGAAGAAAAUGAUACAUCAACGAUGAGUAAUCAACGGGAUGGUGAUGGUCUGCCAACUCCCAGGUAUGUUAUCUACCCUGCAGACAAACUUUGCCUUGACUGGUGGCCUCGUAAAGUGCAGAAAGUUGGUGCUGGCUUGCACAACUUGGGCAAUACGUGUUUCCUCAAUGCAACACUGCAAUGCCUGUCCUAUACACCACCUCUAGUCAACCAUUUACUUGGGGACGAACACACAAAUAGCUGCAAACAAGUAGGUUUCUGUAUGAUGUGUGAGCUUCAAACACACAUACGACGCAGCUAUGAAAAUUCUGGCCAUGCAAUAAAACCUCAGUCUAUUUUGCAAAAGUUGAAAGUAAUAGCUAAACAUAUGCACUUUGGUCGACAAGAAGAUGCCCAUGAAUUCCUACGCUACUUGGUUGAUGCUUUGCAAAAGUCCUGUCUGAAUGGUUAUUUAAAGUUAGACAAGUACAGUAGAGAAACCACAGUAAUCAAUCAGAUAUUUGGAGGAUUUCUGCGCAGUCAAGUUCAAUGUAUGCGAUGUAAAGAGAAAUCAAACACCUAUGAUCCAUACCUGGAUAUCAGUUUAGAUAUAAAGAAUGUACCAUCUUUAGAACGAGCAUUUGAGAAAUAUGUUACAGCUGAAGUUUUGGAUCAUGACAAUUCCUACAUGUGUACCAGGUGUCAACGCAAAGUAGUUGCUGAAAAGCGCUUUACCAUCCAUAAACCUUCCAAUGUUUUAACAAUUCAAUUGAAAAGAUUUGAUUACAACCGGUACUUUGGCAAAAUUGUCCGGCACAUCAGCUUUCCAGAGAAACUUAAUCUUCGUCCUUAUAUGAGUAUUAGACAGGGUGAAUCACUGAUGUAUAAACUCUAUGCUGUACUUGUACAUACUGGUCAUUCCUGUACAUCUGGUCAUUAUUUUGCAUAUGUACGGCCUUCCAACCAAUCUUGGUAUUGCAUGAAUGAUAGUUCGGUGACAGAAGUGAGUGCUUCACGAGUGUUUGAGUCAGAGGCUUAUAUGUUGUUCUAUCUUCGUUGCAAAGAGAAAAAAGCUGCAGGAAAUUUUAUUGGUCCCCAGAUGCCAGCAUUACAAACUAAUUUUAGAGUUGUAAAUGGGUCCCACAGGUCUCCAGUGCUGAAUGAUGUUGGCACGGCACUUCAACGCAAGAACAAUACACUUCAGACCUUGUAUUCCCCAAAGUCUUUGGUAGACACUGGCAAUAGCAAUGCUUCAAAGGCUACUCCACUGCCAGACAAACGUGAUAAAAUCUCUUUUGGUAUUAGUAGUUUUGCAAAAGCAGACGGCACCAAGUCAGCUUCUGACCGCAACAGUAAGACUGGGGACGCCAAACCUAGGAUUGUAAUGCAGAUAAAAAAUGGCAUUGUAACCACAAUUGAAAAACCUGCUAAUGGAAGCAUUAAAGUGGUGAGCAAGCAUGAAGAGGAGGUCUCCAAGCUGGUUCCUUAUACUGGUGACUCUGAAUCUGAUCAGGAGAACAAAAGCAAUUCUAUCUGUUCACCUCCUCAUGUACAUCAAAAAAACAAAGCUAGUAGUGAAGCCUUUAAACAUAGUGAAAAUAAGUUAGAUUUAUCUUCUAAUGAUGAUAAAGUGGUUUUUGACCAGAGUCUAAAUGCCACCACCUCUGUUCCAGGAAACACUCACCUUUUAGAAACAACUAAUCGUGAAAGAACUAACUCUCGAGAUAUUCGUUCUCCUGAUAGAUUUUCUUUAUCUUCUUUAAGACACAAGGAUUUGACCUUGAAGCUGCACAGUCGACAUUCACAGUCAAAAUCUUCUCCUGUGGAAAAAAGUACCUCUAGUACUAUUUGUUCAACAGCUACCUCUGUUGUUGCCAUUGCUGGAGUUUCACAACCCUUAGAUACAGCUGCUAUGGUGAAACUGAAACCUGCAAACUUGUUUCUUCCAUCUCAAGAAUCUUCACCUAGCUUAUCUUCAUCGGCAUCAGCAUCAGCAUCAACUGCCAUCACUAGUUCAAAUUGUGCAACAGAUUGGCAUGUGUUUGAUAAAAGCAGUGUCUCGCCUAGUACAAAACCUGAGUGGCAACCAGCAGGCUGGAGUGUCAUAAGUAAAGAGAGUUUGACCAGUUGUACUAGUAGUAGUAGUAGUAGUAGUAGUAAUAAUAAUAAUAAUAAUAAUAAUAAUAAUAAUAAUAGUAAUAAUAAUAAUAAUAAUAGUAGUAGUAGUAGUAGUAGUAGUAGUAGUAGUAGUAACUUACUAGAUGAAUCUUGUCUGGAAGGAACAAGAGAAGCUAUUUCUAAGUCAAUUUCUGACAGUGGCAUUCAGACAACAUCUGGAAACAGUAGCUCAAUGGAGUGUUCUACUUCAACUACAGUUUCUUCUAAUAUUGUUGACUUGUUGCCAAAGGAAAAUUGUAACCAACAGACAUCGACAUUUUCUGUUAAAGAGGAACCGAAGAAAACACCUCUGUCUACAAGUGAAAUAGAGACUGGAAAGCCAUCAGAACUUGUAAGAUCAAAGUCAACCAUGUUUAAUACUUCUAAUGUCACGAAUGUUGUAACUUCUUGUCCAACUCCUAUAGUGAUGACUACGCCACAUAACACACUUGUUAACACCAGUCAUGCUGAAAUUUCUGCUGUUAGUGGCCGACAUUCACACAAAAAACACAAAAAGCACAAACGAAAGCGUCACAAGGAAGAGAACAGACAGAACCAUGGGGAAAUUGAGGAGGAGGAGGAUGUUGAUGGAAGAUCACCAAGAAAGAAAAGACAUAAAAAGCACAAGCAUAAAAGAGAGCUACCAUUUGGUGAUGAUCGUAUCGAAGAUCCUUCUGCAGCUCAGCUUUUCUGUGAAAAAGAUUUAAAAAUAGAUUCUUCCGAGUAUGAGUGGGUUGAAAGGACUAAAGAGAAUUUUAGCUCUGUUGACAUUUCUAGGAAUAGUUUAAUUUCUUCUUCCAGUCGGGAAACAGUUUCUGAAUCUUCAAAGGAACUGCUCUCCAAAGGUCAUACUGGUUCUCAGGCCAACCAGAAAGUUAGUAAAGAAGCCGUUGAUUCGGUGUUAUCACUGUUACAAGGUCCAGCUGAGCCUCCUAUCUUACCACUUCCAUCACACCAGAGACACAUAGUAAAGAGUCAAACUACAAAGGCACUGAGGCCAGUUGUUGAAAAGGGAAACAAUGGCUGUGUAACAGAGGGUUUAACAUGGUCCACAGGAGAGGGGUCCACGAAGACUUCUGUUAGCACCGUCAAGGAUAAUCCUGCCAAAAAUAAAAUUUUGAACUCUAACGAAAAAUCCUUGAGCUAUCCAGUUGGAUGUUCAAGUGAGAAAUCCGCUGGUAGUACUGCAAGCACUGUAAAUAGGUUAUCAUCGCUUCCAAGCUCUGCUCAAAUAUCCAGCAUGAGAACUGAUGGCCAUUCUAAGAGACACUUAAUAGACUGCUUUUCUAAAUCUCUAGAUAGUUCCAAUCAACCUUACUAUCACAAAAAUCAGUCCUCUUCAUAUAUGGAGAAUAGAAUUUCCAAGUCAUCAGGAAGAUCUGUAUUGUCUCUUGCUGAGCGAGAGAACAAAAGCUCUGGGGUUAAUGAGAAAGGGGCAAUGUUGUCAGCCGAGCCCAACAGACACUCCAGAGCCAAUAUGGAGAGCAGGCAUGCCAGACAAUCUGUGCCAAGUCAACGUUGGGAUAGCCAUGUUCAUGAUGGUUACAAGCGUCCAACAAAAACACCUGAUAAUCAUAAGUUAUAUUGGGACGGCUCUAAAAGUUCAAGAGUGGGUGAUGAGCUUGAGAAAUGUUCCAGUCGUGCUUAUGGAGGACAAGUAAUGUCUUGGGAUGGUAGCAAAUCUCUCCUUGAUCAACAACUUGAACGUGAGAGGAGCCGGCACGAUCGGUACAUGUCACAUGAUUACAAUGAUGAUUAUGAUCGUGGAAAAGUAAGUUGGUUUUCUUUAUUCAAACAAGUUUCCAAAUAAUUUCUUUCUUCAUUGAUAUUUAUUUAUUUGUUGCACAUAUUCUCAAAUAAAACUGCCUGCUUUAGGUGCCACAUUUAAUAUUUAUAGCAGUGGAGUUGUAAGACAACACAGAGGUGAGAUUGCACUGGCUGUCAGAAUUGUUUGAGAAGUGAUUUAUUGCCAAGUUUAAAGAACUCAGUUUCUAGAUCAUCAUAAAACUGAGAUAUUGUGUUCAUGGACAAAUUAUGAAUGAACAAUCCAUAAAUUCUGUUGAAAACCAGUUUAUCAACUGAAGAAAUUAUUUGUUAAUUAUGUCAGCUCAACAUUAAUUUGAAAGAAGAAAUAAAAAAAAAAGACUUAGUUUGCUGUCUCCUUCUGACUGGGGU